UUAGUUGUAUAUCUGCUUUUGUGUAACAAACUAGAAUUGGACAAUAGUUUUAUGAUUUUACUGCUGCUCAGUACAAUGUCGACGAAAUCUUUAAUUUUAUUAUUAUUGGUGGUAUGGAAAAGCCAAAUUACUUACAGUGAACCAUUAUCCAAUAAAGUUGUUGAAGCAGCAAAAAAGGGAUUUCAAGGCUGCAUGGCUAAAAAUGGAGUACUCGUCGGCAUGCUAAGUAGAGACAUUCCAGACGAAGAAAAAAAAUUUGAAAUGCUUGCAAAUACAUAUCACACUUUCGACAAACCAUUCGUUGUCAACAGGAUUGAUAAAGGAGUGGCUAAUGAAAUUUGUAAACAUGCCUUAAGCGAUGAAAAUUCCAAACAACAUUUCAAAGAUCACGAGGACUGCAUGAAUAAAAUGCAACUAUGUUCACAUAUGAUAAAAGACAAUGUAGACCAUCCUAAACUAUAA